UUUGCUGCCGCUAGGUUUGCAGCCGGUCGCUGCAGCUCUCGUGGCCGGUGCGGGAUGCUCGUAGAUUCUCCGCGUCUCCGGAGCUUGCGUUCGGCUCCCGCAGAACCAACUCGGCCCGGUCGGGGAGGCACCCCGGCAAUGCUGCUCCUGAGAAGUCCAGCGUCUCAGCCUCGGGGCUCCAAAGGAAAAACCCUAUUUCUUGCAGGUGAAGCUGCGGUCCAUCCGCGGUCUCUCGGAGGUCGCCUGCGCAUCGCAUCACAGCCAGCCUCGGCCACGCAUAUUACCCCGGCACCGCCGGCGCAGGGAGCACGGGAGAGUGGGGACCACGGCGGGGAAGACGCGAACCGAACACCGAGGAUGGACGCCCGCACCUGGCGUCUGAGCUGGCGCUGUCUCCUCCUCCUGGCUCUCCUUGGAUCUACCAGGAGCGAGGGUGUGGAGAGCUGCGAAGAAGUUCGGAAACUUUUUCAGUGGCGACUUGGGGGAGCUGUCAAGGGACUACCGUACACGCCGCGGGCAGGACCUGAUCUUCAGGUUUGUGUAUCCAAAAACCCAACAUGCUGUACCAGGAAGAUGGAAGAGCGAUACCAGAUUGCAGCUCGGCAAGAUUUGCAGCAGGUGCUUCAGACAUCCAGCUCAACAUUAAAGUUGUUAAUAUCUCGAAAUGCAGCUGCUUUUCAAGAGACCCUGGAAACCCUCAUCCGGCAAGCAGAGAAUUACACCAGCAUCCUUUUCUGCAACACCUACAGGAACAUGGCCUUGGAGGCUGCCGCUUCCAUUCAGGAGUUUUUCACUGAUGUAGGGCUCUAUUUAUUUGGCGCAGAUGUUAAUCCUGAAGAAUUUGUAAAUAGAUUUUUUGACAAUCUUUUCCCUCUGGUCUACAACCAUCUCAUAAACCCUGGUGUGACUGACAGUUCUCCCCAAUACUCAGAAUGCAUCCGAAUGGCCCGCCAGAAUGUUAGUCCGUUUGGCAAUAUCCCCAGAAGAGUCAUGGGCCAGAUGGGGAGGUCCUUGUUGCCCAGCCGCACAUUUCUACAGGCGCUUAAUCUGGGCAUCGAAGUCAUUAACACCACGGACCAUAUGCACUUCUCCAAGGAAUGCAGCCGAGCCCUCCUGAGGAUGCAGUAUUGCCCGCACUGCCAGAGUCUCAUGCUCAGUAAGCCCUGUAUGGGGUACUGCCUCAAUGUCGUCAGGGGCUGCCUGGCCCACAUGACAGAGCUCAAUCCACACUGGCAUGCUUACAUCCGGUCCUUGGAAGAACUCUCAGAUGCCAUGCAUGGGACCUACGACGUUGAGCACGUGCUCCUGAACUUCCACCUGUUUGUGAAUGAUGCUGUGCUGCAGGCGCACCUCAGCGGACAGAAGCUACUGGACCAGGUAUAUAAGAGGCCCUUUGAUGCUGUGUCUUAUUUAAACAGCAGUGAUAACUUCCCUCUUGAGUUUCUAACUCCCCAGACAUGGGCUGUUGUUAACUACACGGACAGUGUCAGAGAAUUCAUCAACAGCCUUAGACUGCACAGGUCUUUCUAUGGUGGCCUGGCUGAUCAGCUUUGCAUCGCUGAAUUAGCUGCUGCUGAAGGAAGGCCCUGCUGGAACGGGGAGGACAUAGUGAAAAGCUAUGCUCAACGUGUGGUUGGAAACGGGAUGAAAGCCCAGUCUGGAAACCCCGAAGUCAGAGUCAGAGGAACUGACCCUGUGAUAAACCAGAUCAUUGAUAAACUGAAGCAUGUUAUCCAGUUGUUACAGGGUAGAUCACCCAAACCCAACACGAGGGAGCUGCUUCAGCCAGGCAGUGGUGACGGCAUGCUGGAGCAAUCUAGUGGGGACUGUGAUGACGAGGACGGCUGUGGUGGGUCAGGGAGCGGAGAAGUCAAGAGGACCCUGAAGAUCACAAACUGGAUGCCAGACAACAUGAACUUCAGUGAUGUCAAGCAAGUCCACCGAGCAGACCAUGGAAGUACUCUGGAUAUAACUGGUGCAGGAUGUGCAUCGGGCACUGAGUCGAUGAUACUCACUCUAAUGGGGAUGCUGGUGAUUCCUGGACUUUGGUAAUGGAACUCUUCUGUCUGGACAUACCACUCGGGAGUCCUGUUUUAUUCUAUAUCCCCUUAUGCUUGGAAUAGAAGAUUUCUUUAAAAGGAAUGACUGAAUUUGGAAAAAGUGUGUCAUGCUAACUUCUUAGACUCCAACUUGAAAGUCCACAGAGUACCUAGAAACCAAGAUUCUGACAGACGGUUUCAAAUUUCUGGCGUCUAACUUAAACCUUCUUAAAUUCUAACAUUAAAUCUAAAACUGUGAAAAGCUCAGAAGGGACUUUGAAUAAGAAGGAUUUGGUAUAUCUUUAAUUCUAUUCUCCUCAAUUUCAAACCCUUUCCUUUUAAAAUUGAGAAUGUCAUCAUUUGAGAGUAUGUUUUCCAGGCUCAGAAAACAACUAGUAUUUCUUAAAGCACCAGGAAUAGAAAUAACAUUAAGUAAAAACACACAAUGGCGAGUAUUAUGCAUGCAUUUUUAAGUGAGUCUUACAUUUUUGCAAGUUACAGGAAAAUUACUAAAAGUCUGUGAGUUAUAAAGUAGAUUAGCAGGGUUAUUUCUCAAAAGUUUACUGAAAGAGCUUGACAAUGUUUGCCACUCUGGCUUCGCCAGUGAGCUUAGUAAUUUAGGGGCACCUAUUCAUUGUAGUAUCACAGCCAUGUCCCCUCCUUUCUCUUUACCUAAAAGAUCUAGUUAUGUCUGAAAGCACACUUGUAAACUCCAAUAAAGCUGUUGAUUCUUUGAUGAGAAAUUUUAAAGACUAUUAAGGUCGUCUUUUCUAAUAAAAAUUUAUUCCUAAUGUAUUUAUUUUGAAAAUGUCAUUUGUUACUUUUUUUAAAGCAUCAUAUGGAGCACACAGUUGGCUAUUCUUGCAUAAGGUCUGAUGAAUAUCUUGCAGUGGGUAAUAAGACAGAACAUGCAGCAUGCAAGUGUUUAGCUCUCUUCCUAUGUGGUCUGCAGGAAAGUUGCUAAUCCACCAUCCCAAGUUUCUCAGCUGUGGUAAGUUACAGAGACUGAUAGGAGUCUUCCAAAGCUGCACUUAAGGAGGAGAGUUUCGUCAGUGUUUAUUAAGAAGUAUCACACCUGGCUAUGGCCAGGAAAUCUAAUGAAUAUGAAGUAAAGGAAAAGAAAAAUGAAAUGCUGAACUUCUUAAGCAAAUAAUUCAGAAGGAUUUAAAAUGACCUGUGACAAGGGUCGUAAAGGAUUCAUUUUAACAGCCAACAUGACAGAGGCAGAACUGAUUUCUCCAAUCAGGAAGCAGUAUGUGAUCAAACCUUAUCUCUCUAAGGUUCCCAAUCAGGUGUUUGGAGAGUUGUCAGUUUCAGUUACAAUAUUUUUAACUUCUCAAAUAGAUUUUAUAGUCUGUUCAAGAAUGUCUUAAACCUGAAACCAGUAUUUCACCUGCUGAUUCUCCGUGUAAUUUUCUUAGGCUACUACUCCAGGCAGAAAUAUGGGUAGCUCUUGACCCUUCAGCUACACUCAGGCCAGCCCACUUCACAAACUACAAACUUAAAUUUUUUUCCGGUUACUAUAUCAGGAAAAAAUUAGUAUUCAGUCACUCAUGCAAUCUUGUCCCUGCCAAGGUUAGUUUCCUAUAGAAAAAUUCCUGAGUCCCUAAAUUAGGGGAAAUUCAUUUUAUAGUCUGAAGAGUACAACUCAGGAGUUUAAGAUGUAUGUUGACAAAAUUAGUUGAUUCAAGAUAAUUUGGGGCAUUACCAGAAAUGGCUAAGAGCAGAGAGCUAACAGAACCAACAGAAUCAACGGGUGCAUUUUGUAGACUGCAUUUUAUGUUCUCAAGUGUGUGAUGUCUACCUCCAACUAUGCAUUUCAGAUACUACAUAUGUCAGAACACUGCUGGGAGAGCUCAGAGCCCUAGGAGGUUUGCAGAAUUUCUUUAAGUGCCUGAGGCAUCAUUUUUAGUAUUCUUAGUGAGGGUAUUCAUACUUUAGCAUGUCACUUGGUGACAUUUUAUAUUUAUAUAGGACUUCAUGAUGUAAAAAGUUCUUUCAAAUGAAACAAAGUGUCUCAUGUGACCUUCCUCACUCUCCAGGCUGACUUGAUUUUUAGUCCCAUAGAAACAAUGACAUCGAAUUUUCUAUAAUAUGGCUCCAAAUCAGCGUCUCUGUGAUUUCCAGAAAUGAUAGCUAAGAAGGUUUAAACAAGAGUAAAAUUAUUUAAGCAUACAUCUCACUCCCAUGAUGACUUAAAAAUAUCAAAAUAUAAUGUUUUAUGCAUAUCUUAUAUUGAAUGAUUUUAUCCAAGUUGUUUUUGAGCCCUGAAUGAUUUUUAUACACAUUGAAGUGCUCACAAAGUUAUUGCCAGGUUCAGGUGUAUAGCUAAAAACUAUAUAUAAAAAAAGAAAAAGGAACAAAAGAAACCGAAAAGAAAAGAAAAACCUACAAAAAACCACCUUUAGUUCUUAGUUGAAUAUUUCGCAUCUCUUGGGGGAGAGUGGGUUAAGAAUUAGAGUGAGAAUUUUCUCGCCCGUUAUUCCUCAUAGACACAGUGAUAAAUGAGUUUAUUGAGUUUAUGCACAACCUCUUUCGAUCUUCCCAAUAACAUUACCACCUGUAUUUUACCAGUGAGAGGAGUGAGAUUUAGGGAUACCAUGAAAUUUGUCUGAUGCCAUGCAUCUAAUCAUUAUAUAAUUAGAAGGGGGCCUUUGAUAAAAAGCAAUUUACAUUCCUAGUUUAAAAGCAAUAGCGUUUCACAGCAAUAGAGAAAACAUAGGUGUUAAUAUCAAAACUCUCCAGGUUUCUUCAACUCUCUAAGCUAGUACAUGAAUUUGUCCUGGACUGCUGCUAUUCAAAUCAAGUUGUACUGACUUCAUAAUUUCAUCAUUGUCAAACUGUGUGUCAAUUUGCAUAUUGAAAGUGAGCAAGGAAAAUGUGGACCUUUUGUUCUGACAGUUGUUCAUCUCUGAUACAUUCAAAUCACACUCGUAUACAGCGGCUCCCAAAUAAAUCAGCUAUCAAAAAUGCAAAAGAAAACAGCAGUUUUAUAAUUAUCAUGGAAUCAUGAAGUUACCCUUUGUUUCCUGUGGUACUGAUGGGAAUGAAAUUUCUAGGCCUGUAGAGCACAGGGUAAAAUUAGAGAAGGAAUUGUACAGAGAGAGAGGGAGGAGAGAGGAGAGAAGGAUGAGUGAAGGACUGGAGGAGGAAAGAGAAGAGGAAAGAAGGUAAAGAAGACAGGAAGGGAGGGAGGAAACUGGAGGGAGGCGGGUCGCUGACUGUGGGGGAAUCCUCUUUAUGCACCCUGGAUUAGCCUUUAAAUCUACUGUUUGUUCAGGGGAAUCUUAUGCGUGCGGAGAUGCUGGCCGUUGGCUGUAUUUUCUCCUCACUAAGGGCAGAAGUUAAUGAGAUAUUUUCCCCUAAACACUUGUGUCUUCUGAAGUGUUUGCUAAGGACACUUGGAAAUGACUCAAUUAGGCUAUUGUUUUCAGACACUUACCUUACUGUUUUAUCUCCAGAACUCUUCAAGUACAAGAAACAAUUGUUUCUUUCUUAGUACGUGAAUUUAUUCUGGAUUGCUGCUAUUCUGUAAGAUAUUCACUGUGUGCAAGGAAGUAAGUAUCAGAUUGUCAACUGUGCAUUCAAAUAAAAUUACAUGGGCUAUAUGAAACAAUAAUAAUAUUGUUAUGUAUGUCUUUGGGCACAUCAACAUUUUAAAAUCAUAUUAUUAUAUGCAAUUCAUUUGUA